CAUUCACUUUGCUCUUCCUCAUCAGCCGUGGUGCAUCACCAGCGAUGAACACACAGGACAUGUCCCUUUCUAGAUAGUGCGCAAGUGCUCUAAUAUUUCCUCUCGCCUGGACGUGUUUUCGUGUCUUUAUCUCUUUUUGUCUCCCUGAGACUGUCCUUGUCCGAGCUCCAGGAUGAACAGCAUUAGACAGGUGCCCACACGGGUGAAGAGCCGGCGGACUGAAGCCAACCUCGGCGCGGAGAGGGAGCAUUUUGACAAGCAGCAGCUGAGCAGCAUCAGCAAGGCCAUCACCUCCGCUGAGACGCCUGUGAAGGAGAAACAUGUUCGACGAAUCAUCCUGGGGACUUACAGGGAGAAGGGAGCCUACACCUUCUGGUCCUACGCUCUGGGCUUCCCCCUGGCCAGCAGCUCCAUCCUCAGCUGGAAGUUCUGCAGCGUUCUGCACAAAGUCCUGCGAGACGGACACCGAAAUGUUCUACAAGACUGCAUGAGGCAUCACACUUCUUUAGUGGAAAUCGGGAAACUAUGGAGCAACCUCCAUGACAAAUACGGACAGCUGGUGGCUCUGUAUACCAAACUGCUCUGCACAAAAAUGGAGUUUCAUGCAAAGCAUUCAGAAAUCCCACCGAACCUGGAGGCAUCAGAUGAACUCCUGGAGCGCACCGCAGGGACCGACGUUAAUAAUGUGUUCCAGCUCACAGUCGAGGUGUUUGAUUACUUGGACGCUGAGCUGAGGCUGGCCGAGACAGUGAUCCGACAGCUCAACACAUCCAUCGCCAUCUCCACCCUCACAUCAGGCCAGUGUCGCCUGGCUCCUCUCAUACAGGUCGUCCAGGACUGCAGUCACCUCUACCACUUCACCGUCAAGCUGCUCUUCAAGCUGCACGCCUGUCUCCCUGCAGACACCUUACAAGGACACCGUGAACGUUUCCAUGACCAGUUCCACAGCCUUAAGACUUUCUUCAAUAGAGCCAGAGACAUGAUUUACUUCAAGAGACUGAUCCAGAUCCCCAAGCUGCCUGAUUCCCCUCCUAACUUCCUGCAUGCAGCUUCCCUUGCCAAGCACGUGAAGCCAGUGGUGGUUAUCCCUGAUGAAGACUAUCCAGAGCAACCUGACGACGAUGAUGACGAGCCCGAGCCGGAGCCGCUCAUCGAGGUCAGCGAGGUCUCAACAUCCAGCAUCCAGGCACAGCCACAGCAACUGGACAUAUUUGAUCAGACGUUUGGACCCCCGAAUGGAGGCUUCGAUGACAGGGAUCUCCAGAUUGAGAACAUGAAGCGAGACCUGGAGCUGUUGAGAGCUGAACUAGAGAGAGUCAAAUUGGAAGCUCAGCGUUACAUCACACAGCUGAAGUCCCAAAUCAACAGUUUGGAGGCAGAACUAGAAGAACAGCGUGCUCAGAAACAACAUGCUUUUGUGGAAAAUGAGCAACUGCGCAUGGAGCUGGAGGCUACGCGCCGCCGAAACGCAGAACACGAGAGCACGCAGGUCGUCUUCAUCGAAGCAGAACAAAGAGCCCAGGCCACUGAGCAGCGGUACAAUAAGUUGAAGGAGAAGCACACAGAGCUGGUGUCCAGCCACGCUGAACUGCUGCGGAGGAGUGCAGACACUGUGAAGAUGCUGUCAGCAACACAGCAGACACAGGACGAGGUGGAGAGGACCAAGCAGCAGCUGGCCUUUGAGGUUGAUCGAAUAAAACAGGAGGCCGACAUGAAGCUGGAAGAGCAGAAGUUUGAAAUGGAGAAGCUGAAGAGAGCGCUGGACGAGAAGAUGGCAGAAAUGAUGCACAUCAAGGGGACUCUGCAGAGCAGCGAGAUGACGUCGGAGCAAAUGAGCAGCUCAAUGACGGCUCUGCAGGCGGAGAAAGAGCGCCUGAUGCGAUCUGUGAGCGAGAGGGAGGCGGAGCUGUCGUCUCUGAAGCAGACGGCCACGCUGCAGCAGUCCUCCCUCCAGCAGGAGCGAGAGAGGAGCAGCAGGGAGAUGGUAGAGCUGCAGGGCAAACUGCAGGAGAAGUCGAGUCAGGAGGAGCAGCUGAAGCAGAGGCUGCUGGAGGAGCAGUUUUCUCUGCUGCAGGGCACCGUCAGCGAGGCGGAGAACAUCAUCCAAGAUGCUGUCGCUAAACUGGAUGAUCCCCUUCAUAUACGCUGCACCAGCUCUCCAGAUUAUCUGGUGAGUCGGGCGGAGGCCACGCUGGGCUCCGUGGACAAAGUGAAAAAGGGCCAUGCAGAUUAUCUGAGUAACAUGGGGGAUGCUGGGGGGCUACUGAGGGCGCUGACCCAGUUCUCCCACUUGGCUGCGGAUACAAUCAUCAACGGCAGCGCCACUGCACACAUGGCCCCCACCGACCAUGCAGACCGACUGACGGAGAACUGCAGAGGCUGUGCCACUGAGAGUCUGCAGUUCUUCAAGGAUCUGAAGACAAAGACCACCCUCCAGAGGGCAGACCCUGCCGCUAUUCGCGUCAUCGUUCAGAAGAUCCUGAACCUGGGCCAGGAGCUGCGACCAAAAGGCAUGGAUGUUCGUCAGGAUGAGCUCGGAGAUCUGGUCGAUAAGGAAAUGGCUGCAACCUCUGCUGCUAUUGAGGAGGCCGUCCGCAGGAUUGAUGAAAUGAUGAACCAGGCUCGAAAGGACACAUCAGGAGUUAAACUGGAAGUCAAUGAAAGAAUCCUCAACAGCUGCACCGACCUGAUGAAGGCCAUCCGCUUGCUGGUCAUAGCAUCUACAGACCUGCAGAAGGAGAUUGCCGAGGGUGGGAGGGGCGCAGCCAGCUUGAAGGAGUUCUACGCCAGAAACUCUCGCUGGACGGAGGGACUGAUCUCUGCUGCCAAGGCGGUGGGAUGGGGAGCCACAGAGAUGGUGGAGUCUGCUGAUAAGGUGGUGCUGCACACGGGCAAAUAUGAAGAGUUGAUAGUCUGCUCGCAUGAGAUCGCUGCCAGCACUGCACAGCUGGUCGCUGCCUCAAAGGUUAAGGCAGCCCGUGGCAGUACGAGGCUGUCGGCCCUGCAGCAGGCCUCCCGCCAUGUGAACGAGAUGGCAGCUAACGUGGUCGGCUCAACAAGGACGGGCCAGGAGCACCUGGAGGAGAAAGAAACGAUGGACUUCUCUGGGAUGUCUCUCAUCAAGUUGAGGAAAGAAGAAAUGGAGUCACAGGUCAAAGUGCUGGAGUUGGAAAGUCAGUUGGGGAACGAGCGUCUGCGUUUGGGCGAGCUGAGGAAGAAGCAUUACGACGUGGUCGGAGUUCCUUCAGAGCCGGUUUCUGAGGGGAACGGAGGGACCUCCUCGCUGGCCUAUCCUGCCAACAUGUCACCAAAACCCAGCAAGCCGGUGCUUUUCAAGAAGCCUGCUUUGGCCCAGAAACCCAACCUCCUACCCAAAUCCAUGUUCAAGUAAUGCCGGAGCAGAAAAGGAACAUUCUCCACUACUGGAUGGUUGGAUUGCCCAGAUUAGGUCCUCUUGUUGUGAACAUACUGUUACUUUUAAGUUGCAUGCUGACAAUCCUCUGCAUCUCAUGGUUUUCUCCUUUCUUUAUUCAUUUGUUUUCCGCCAAAAUGUCCCAAUGGUGUUUGACCCUUGAUGCCUGUUAGGAAUAUGCUGUGGUUCCCCCUGCCCCCUUUACUCUUUUCCUCUUUUAGAGAAUUGAUACAUAUGCCAUGCAGGCAAAACCCUUUUUUAUUUAAGUAUUUGGCAUUAAUAACAAAACAGUUUAAUAUUAAAAUGUUAGGCUGUGUCAAAGUAUUUCUUUUAGCAGAUGAUGGUACUGCUGCUGCUUUUAGAAUAAAAACCUUUAUUCAAAAAAUCACAAAUUGACAGAAUAAGUUCCUCCUGCUUUGGACAACCUUUUUGCACAAUAUUGUUAAUGUUUAUUAAAAAGCACAUCUAAUUUCUCUUAAUGUACACUGUAUGUUAUUUAUGUUGUGGUGGGCGGUAAAGGACACUUGGGAAUCACAUUGUGUGCGUCUAUGUUGCUGCAAAAGUUAUAAAUACCUCUGGGUUUGCCUUCACAGUGGACACUCACUUUUUUUAUGUGCAAAACAGCUUUUUAUCGCAACAGUUCAAGAUGUAAUUUGAGGCCUUGGAAUGUACUGUAAAAAUGAAUGAUGGAAUCAAAGCUGUCUGACAUACAGUCUGUACAGCAAUCUGCCACAUGCACCAUGUUUCAUUUAACUUUAAUAUCUUAUCAAUAAUCUACACUCACCUCUUGAAUGUCCCUUUAUUACAGGAGAACCUGGAUACUAUGCUAAAGCAUUAAGAAAGACUUCAUGCUUGCACACAAAUAUUGGAUGUAAGCGUCCUUGAUAAUCAAACGCUUGUUUUAGGCUAAAUGAAGAUGUAGGGUUAGUUUAUGUACAAUAUAAAGUUCUCUUUGCCUCCGGGAGCUUUUCAUACAGGGUCUUAAAUGCAUCUUUUAUGUUCUUUCCUUUCCUCUGUACGAAAUGUCUUUAUACACUCAGAUCUAUUAAUAUAUUUUAGUAAAGAUAAUAGUGAUUUCUCCUUGUAAGAAGUGUAAAUGUCAAACAAAUGAACAAUAAAUGUUUGAUUGUAAUGUCCCAUUGUGUUUCCUUGUUUCGAUCCAAUUAACCUUUUUCUCCAAGUUGCAUGUGUGCAAAGAUUUGAGCAACAUCACAACAUGUAAUCACACACAAAGCACAAGAAAAUAAAGAAAUAUUGAUGGUU